UUCCCGCGCUCCGCCCGCCCCUCCCCCCGGGGUCGCCAUGGCAACGCACGCCGGGUUCUGGACUCCCAAACUCCCGCGAGCCCGCAGCUGCGCGGGAGGCCCACGGCCCCAGCCGCCAGCCCCGGGCUCCGAUGGAGAGCGAGGACGACGCGCCCGAGACCCGGGAGUGCCGGAUGAUCCUCGAAACCCUCGAGUCGACUAUUGAACAAUUCCGGUUCAGCCCCAGACUUACUAUUUCAGAUGAUUUGAAGGUUGGCUUUUUCUGCACAGACCAUGCUACGCAGACAGAUUCCAGCGAAAUUCUGCCCUUAAAAGAGCUGAGCUCAUCUACAGAAAAGCUAAUACGGAUUAUUAGAUCCCUUCAAGUGGAUUUUGGGUUCCUCAAAGAAUUGCUUCAGUUGAAAUUUGAGGACCGUCUUAAAGAAGAGUCUUUUAAUCUCUUCACUGCUCUACAUGACAGGAUCCUAACAAUUGAAAAACAUUAUCAAGAGAAUGAGGACAUCAUAAGAAAAUGCUACAAUCAGCAGUUGGCUGAUGCCAUAGCUGCUAUCAAAGGAAUGUACAAGCAAUUCUUUGAGGUGGAAGAAGAGGCCUUUGUGCAUGAAUCAACUAGUAUCAAAAUGAGUGUUUUGUUAAAAAAACUGAAGGAAAGAGAAGAAGUUAUUAAGGAAUUAAGAGAAGAACUAGACCAAUAUGAAGAGUCUAGACUUCAAAAAUUUGACGCUUUUGCCAGAGAGACGAUGCUAGAGAGGGAAAAUCUGGAGUACAAAGUGGCAAAUGAGAGAAUGCUGCAGAUCAUUGCAGAGCUCGAAGAAGCGAUCCGACUCAACCUAAAGGAAAAUUCAGCAUUAGAAGAUGAAAUUAUAACUCUGAAAGAGAAGGUAGAAAAGAAUCAUAGAACUAUUCAAAAGCUGUUUGAUGGUAGAGACAGAUUACUGUGUGAGCUUGAGUAUGAAAAAGCAUUAGUUCAAGAAAUGAUUAAUAAACAGAAGGAGGACAUGGAAGCGAGGAAGAAGUUGAGCAGUAUAGGCGGCAAGAGCCUGAAAUUACUCAAGGGGAAAGAGACUUCCCUGUCUCCGUGGCCCUCACAGCCCAGGAUUCCAUCCAAAGCCAGAGCCGGUUCAAGACCACACUCACCCUCCAUCAGUACAUCAGUGACUAUGAAGACCAAGAAAGUUAAGACUCCAAAGAAAUCUGCAAAGGAAGAGCAACCUUCGGUGAAGCACGCAAAACCAGCUGUAGUGCAAGAAGAAAAGGUGAAAUUGCCAGUGGCUAAGGCUGAAGACACACGUGUUUUGGAGAAGCAAAUAGAAAUACUAAAGGCUGAUUUAGAAAAUGAGAAAAAGAAGACAGAAAGAUUUAAGAAAGAAUCAGAACAGAUAAACAAAAACUGGGAAAAGAAGUUCUAUAUUCUCAGGAAUAGCUUUCAUGUCCUUAAAGAUGAGAUGUUUACCAGGCACACAUUGUUUCGUCAAUUUGCCAUGCUUGCUGACACGUCCUUCAAUUAUAUUGUUUACCUCGGUGCAGACACAUUAAUAGAUCUAGUCCCUGUCUUGAGAAAAAUGUCUGCCUUGCCCUUGCUCUGUCUUCCCUGGAGGAGGGCUAGUGCUCCGUCCAGCCUAAAAUACAUCCAUGUGCCAUUACUUCUGUGGGAUUCCAGGCUCAUGACCCUUAUCGAAAUUAAAACCUUUAUUUGUGCAGUCUAAAACAAACUUGGUAACAGGUUCUACAUCUUCUGGAAGUGAUCAUACGCCUUUGAUGGACAAAGACAUGGAUAUAGUCAGUGACCAGAUAUUUUUUUCCCCUUUAUCAAAAGGGAGGUUGUCAGACACGCCUGAGGAAGAGCCUUUGGAGAAGCCCUUGAUACCCCAGAACACCCCGGUGAACGAUAUGGACGCUGCUGAGUAAGGGGACCCGGCCCUGGGCUGCACCGAGCAGGACCACAGAGCGGGCCCUCCCGCUCCCAGCGGAAGGCCUGCUUCCCGGACACGUGAUACUACCUCCUGGCGUUUCUAACAUCGCCAUUCCGUCUCCCCGGAGAAUACAGACUCACUCGCGAGGUGCGCCCACUGGGAGCACCUUUCCAAGCUCCUCAUCUCCUUGCUCAUGCUGGGUGAGCCAGCGGGACACACAGGGACUCCGAGGGGCUGCAAAUCCCCGGGGGGGGGGGCGCUUUCCUGGGCUCAGCAGUGUGCCCCAAAGCCUUAGAGUGGGGAGGGACAGACUUCAAUUAAAAAGUGUGGGGCACUAAACUUCCACUCCUCCUCUUCUCCAUCCCGUGUGUCUCUAACACAAAGGCAAGCUGAUUUGCUGCCUCCUGGCCCACCAACUCACCCCCAUGAAGCGAAGCCUUAACGCCUGCUCCAAGGGGAUUUUAAAGUUUCUCUAGCACGGUCCCCUCUUAUUUUAGUCAGUCCUGGGCUCUUAGCCUUCUCUUAAAAGCUGUAAACAAUUCUCCGGGAAGGGGGAAACCCCUUGGAGUUCUGCUUCCCUGUAAGUAUCGGGGCCAAGAUUCACGCACGUACCGUUCUUUCCAGAAUGUCAGGUACCGUUGGCUGAAAGGCCAGUUUGCUUUCUCACGUGCGCCCUGUCCAGCCGCGUCCUUUCGGUUCCCCUAACUACAAGUUAGGCCCUGCCUGCAGCCGCGGUUUCAAGAAACGCAGACUCUGGAGGACACAUUUCUAAAGCGAUUUAUUAAGUCUCAAGAAAUACAUUUACAGUAGCUGUCCCAUAAAGCUGACCUACUCCGGUGUGAAACAACGCUGGAGAGGCGAUUUAUUUGUGCGUAAAAGGCACCAGCUUUAACCGGAGAGAGACGCGUUAGGUUCAGCGCAAGUACAUGGGGUGGCGUGGCGCUGGAGAGCAUUAUUCGAGCUUCGUCUACUGUGCACUAUACGCCACCGUCUCCAAAGGAGUGUUGCCCUAGAAACUUGUUUUAAAUCUGCUGCUAUAUAUCAACACCUCGUUUUAGCAGUCCUUGGCUGAAUUACAGUUACACAGUUUGGCGCUUCUUUCAAAUUUCCUCCCAUCAGUUUGGCUAAAGAAAGGAAUUUUUCUCCUUUAGAAAUGAAUUGGCUUAAUUAGUAAGUAGAUUAAUGGCAAUUGCUGGUGAGUUGGUUUCCAGCAGAGUUUCACCAGAGAGGGUUAAUCGGAGUCAGGUCUGGAAUCUUUCCCAGAACUGGCUGCCAGCCAUUUCCACCAACCAAUCAACCCCACGAGAAACGGGGGGAAAUGAAAUAGAAUUUAUAUUCUCUGUACUAUUAGCCUGGGCAGAAAUUCCUUGGAAGCAGCCUCCUCCUUGGGUGCAUCACAGACGGUUUCAUUUCAAAAAUUUAACAGGAAACUUGAAGGGUUUCACCUUCCAGAUAUAUCCUAGUACCAAAGCAGAAUUUCAAAUGGCACAGGCAGUGUACUUCCCAGAAUGUGGAGGGCGCAUUGGAAACGCCUGAGGCUCUUAGUCAGUUUCAGGUUUACAUAAAUUGCUAAAACCUCCCAAGUUCAAUACUAAUCUGUUAUCCACCAGAAGCCUUUAAAAAGUUCAGUUGUAUGUUUUGCAGUCUUUUCACUUAUUUUUUCCAUAGCGAUAAAAAUGCAUUCAUAGUUUAACUUGCAGCUGCAUUUGUCUUGCAAAAAAAAAAAAAAAAAAUCCCUGCUGAGAAAUGCAUAUAAUAGGAAAAACAGAUCGGCUGGACAGCAGUGUAAUUAAUGCCAGAAAGGGCUGAGGCCGGUUUCAUAGUUUGUCUUUUGAGGAUAUCAAGACGAGACCUGGUGAAAAAUGACGCAUGCUUUAGCAUUUCAGAAAGCUGGCAACUGGCAACGCUUUUCCUUUUUUCUUUGACUUUCUGCCUCGGAACAAAGAGGUCGGCAGAACUAGCUAGGUUGUAAUGAGUUCUAUGUCCCUAGCACAUUAAGUGCAUCAUGGAAACAUAUUGUAUCGAAAUAGUUUGGAGGAGAAUACAGGGGAUGAAAGAGAAUGGGUGCUUUGAUCAGCUCCCUGGGGUCCUGAGUGCGCACAGACUGACUUGCAAGGAGUUAUUCAGCUCCAGCUAGACACACUUACAACACCAUUCAAAGAAAUUUGCAUAUCUGUAAUUUAUCACAUUGGUCCAGAACAUUUUUGCAAGGUAAAUAAAAGUUGGCUGAAUAAAAAAAAAUCAAUCAUCGCAGAUAUAGAAGAAACUGUGAAACCAGUGUUUCCAUUAAAAACAUAAAUAAAUAUGUCCAUAAAACAUGA